CGUCAUCAGGAUGGGGGCGGAAAAACAGUUUGACAGCUUGUCGGGUAGCUAACACAGUCCCCGAAUAGACGGCUUCCUGCAUCUAGUUUGAUUUAGUUUAACCUUUUGUUUUUCUCUUUUUUCGUCAAUUUGAGCGUUACCAUGACGUCCAUAGACGACAGCAACAAGGAAAAGCUGCGCUCUGUUUCUGUGGACUUGAACAAUGACGCCUCGCUUCUCAUUGACAUUCCUGACGCUCUGUGUGAAAGGGAUAAAGUCAAGUUCACAGUCCAUACAAAGACUACCUUGAGCACCUUCCAGAAGCCGGAUUUCUCUGUUCCCAGGCAGCAUGAGGAUUUUAUCUGGCUGCAUGACGCUCUGGUUGAAACCGAGGACUAUGCUGGUCUGAUCAUCCCUCCAGCUCCCCCCAAGCCGGAUUUUGAGGGCCCGAGAGAGAAGAUGCACAAACUGGGGGAAGGUGAAUCCACCAUGACUAAAGAGGAAUACACCAAAAUGAAGCAGGAGCUGGAGGCGGAAUACCUGGCUGUGUUUAAGAAAACCGUUCAAGUGCACGAGGUCUUCUUGCAGAGAUUGUCUUCCCACCCUGUUUUAAGCAAGGACAGAAACUUCCAGAUUUUCUUAGAGUAUGACCAGGAUCUCAGUGUGAGGAGAAAGAAUGCCAAGGAGAUGUUUGGAGGAUUCUUCAAAAACAUGGUGAAGUCUGCCGACGAGGUCCUCAUCUCUGGAAUAAAGGAAGUGGACGACUUUUUUGAGCAGGAGAAAACCUUUCUGCUCGACUACUUCAGCAAAAUAAAGGAUUCCACUGCCAAAGCAGAGAAAAUGACGCGUUCGCACAAAAAUAUUGCAGAUGAUUACAUUCACAUUUCUGCCACUUUGAACAGCAUCUGUGCUGAAGACAGUACACCAAAUAAGAAGAAUCUUGAGAAGCUGUCUGACUUGUUUGAGAGACUCAGGAAAGUGGAGGGAAGAGUAGCCUCUGACCAGGAGCUGAAACUCACAGAGCUGCUGAGGUACUACAUGAGGGACAUCCAGGCGGCCAAGGACCUUCUGUACCGGCGAGCCCGAGCACUAGUGGACUACGAGAACUCUAACAAGGCCUUGGAUAAAGCCCGACUGAAGGGCAAGGACAUUGCUCAGGCAGAGGACCACCAGCGUCAGUGUCUUCAGAAAUUUGACAAGCUGUCGGAAUCUGCAAAGAAAGAGCUCACCAGCUUUAAGGGCAGACGAGUUGUGGCCUUCAGGAAAAACCUCAUAGAAAUGGCUGAGCUUGAGAUAAAACAUGCUAAGAACAACGUGUCUCUUUUGCAAGGAUGCGUUGAUCUCCUUAAGACCAACUGACCUGUCUUCAAGUAUUAAUGCCCCAGCAUCACUAAGUGACCAAUCCUUGCAAAUGGAAACCUGGCGUCCCCAGGAUGUUGCAUCAACAUGUCUCCGAGCACCGACCUGGGUCUGAUGCGACUUUAAAUCCCUGCAAGAUACGCCGUAUCUUCUAAGCACAAUGUCCUCAUGUUUACAGAGUCCCUGUCUUCUGCUCUUUGGUCCAUCUUUCUUAUUUAAUGUGGAGCUCUAGCUCAAUGUGAAUGUCUCCUGAAAAUUAGGUUGCCGUUAUCAAGGCCUUCCAUAAAUAUGAAACAUUAAUAGACAUGACAUUUUCCCAUUUUCCUGCACUUAGUGUCAGUCCUUUUUUUUUGCCCUUUUUUUUUUCUCUUCAUGAACACUUUUUCCCACCAUUCUGACUCCUAAGCUCCUUCAUUUCCGCUUUAAGAUAACUUUAAAAACACGCUUGUUUGUCAUCAUCCAUGCACAUCAUGAUGAAUAUUUAGUUGUUUUUUUUUCUAAUGGAACUCUAACAAAAGUGAAAAAUGAUGCCGACAAUAUUCCUGUGUUCUGCGUCAUAUACCGAUCUACAGCACAGAAAAUCAUGACUGAAUUGGAAAUAAAAGGGAUUACAAUAUUAUGAUGGCUAUGUUUAAAACUAGUUUUGCACCUGGUUCUUGUUUCUUAGAGAUGUUGCCUCAUAUUUUACAUUUAUAAUAUUUAACCAAGAUGUUGAAAAGCAUCCAGGAAAAACAAAAAAAAAAGGUUUCGUAGGUUUGAGGACAUUCACUGCACCACGCUGCCCCAUUUCUUCAUCCCAGCCAUCUUUUGCCAGUAAUCUCUUUACUUUUAUGUUACUUGUUUCUUUACUUUUCCCCCUUAUUGAUGAUUAUUAUUGGUCUUCUAAAUGAACCAGGUAUACUCAGCACAUCCUGUAAACGGUUUAUUUUGGAAUAACAAAGAUAUGCACUUAAAAGAUGGAAAAAGGCCCUCUACAAUCGUGUCCUAGCUCAUCGGAGUGUUACAAUGCAUUAUAGUUUUUUAAAGAAAUUGAAUGUAUUUCUAAAUGAUUACAACUGUUCACAUUCUUUUUCAUAAUGCCUUUUCUUACAAAAAAAAAAUAAAUUUUAUGGAUUUGUAAUGGCAUUGAAUAAAUUGUACUUUCACAAGUAUAACUUUUUGA